UCAAAGACUUCCCCAACAUGGCGGCGAGCGGCUUGAAUCUCAAUUUAUGGCCAAAUGGACCCAAACCGGGCGGCUUUUACUCGUUCCCGGGCGAAAGCGGCGUCAGGGAGAGUCCGACUGUCGGUCCGGUUCGGCACACGCUGACCCCGAUGGUGACCGGAACAUCAGUGCUGGCGGUGAAAUUCACGGGCGGCGUGGUCAUGGCGGCCGACAUGUUGGGGUCGUACGGCUCCCUGGCGAGGUUCCGGAACAUCUCCCGACUCAUGAAGGUGAACAACAGCACUAUCCUGGGAGCUUCAGGCGACUACGCCGACUACCAGUACCUCAAGCAGGUCAUCGAGCAGAUGGUCAUCGACGAGGAGCUGCUGGGGGACGGCCACAGCUACAGCCCCAAGGCCAUGCACUCCUGGCUCACCAGGGUCAUGUACAACCGCCGCAGUAAGAUGAACCCUCUGUGGAACACCGUGGUCAUCGGCGGCUUCUACAACGGACAGAGUUUCCUGGGUUACGUGGACAAGUUGGGCGUGGCCUACGAGGCCCCCACGGUGGCCACCGGCUUUGGUGCCUACCUGGCUCAGCCUCUGAUGCGGGAGGCUCUGGAGAACAAGGUGGAGGUGAGCAAACAGGAAGCCCGCGAGCUGGUGGACCGCUGCCUCAAAGUUCUCUACUACAGAGACGCUCGCUCCUACAACAGGUAUGAGGUUGCCAUAGUAACCGAGGAGGGCGUGGAGAUCGUGGGCCCUCUGUCUUCUGAAACCAACUGGGACAUUGCUCACAUAGUCAGCGGCUUCGAAUGAACACCAGGGGGAGCCAGACCAUUUCCUCUGCUGUCGUGCAAAUGUUUGUUUCCUGUCACUUUUGUAUCAUUAAAAUAAAUGUUAAAUCAGA